GUGCACUUCAGUUUUUGGCAUGUCGUUAGUUCAUCCUAUAGACCUUUCACUCACCUAUAGGAUGGACUGCUACAUAAUGGAUAGAAGCGAAAAAGUGAGGGAGAGAGACAGAGAUGGGGGGGUCAUGCCAACCUCGCGAGCCCGCCCUCGCACACCUCUCAACGCCUACCCGGACACCGCGAUAGGACAGCGCGCGAGGAUGGCACAUAGAUAUGUUCGGAAACGAGAGAGAGAGAGAGAGAGAGAGAGAGAGAGAGAGAGAGAGAUUGAGGGCUAUAGGCAACGAAGAGCAGCAAUAACAGGAAACACCGCGCGCAGGGCUUUCCUACGGAGUCGAUGCUCGCGCUGACCAGAGCAGACCGAUAAAACGGGAAGAGGAACGUCUCACAACUCUAAACAGAACCAACCGGUUCUAACAGUCUCGCGGAGAGAGAGAAAACAGUCUGUUUCCGUGCAGGGAGUUAUCCAGUCGAGUGAGUUGUCAAAAAAACAGUCAUUGAGGAGGAGAAAAGAAAGAGCUAUGGAUUCUCCCUCUGAUCUGUUUGGUCAUCAGUCCUCCUUGAUCUCUCCUUUCGACCCCUAUCCCAACCCCUCCGACCACCCCACACCCUCAGGAGGGGGGCACGGUGCACCCAACCCCUCCUCACGACCCCCCUACCCCCUCAUCCACCACCUGCUGCAGCCUGGUGGAGUCCCCAUGAGGUCCGGGGGGCAAUUACACCCACAAAGAUAUAACAGGGAAGAGGAGGAAGAAGGAGGGAUGGAGAGAGAAGAGGAGGAGGGGAUGGGUGGAGGAUUGGUAGGAGUAGGAGGGAAGAGGCUCAGUGGCGCCGCCCUAGUGGCGGACUGGAGUUAUGACAUGCUGAGAGUGAAGAGAUUAAGACUGGAGAGUCUAGUUAAAGGAGACGGAGAGAUAGGCUUAGAGGAAGAAGAGGAGAGAGGGAGGAGGAGUGUGGAGAGGGGGAACAGGGAGAGAGGGAGGGAGGAGAGGAGAAAGGAGAGAGAGGAGCUGAAGGAACAGUUGGAAGAGGCGAGAGGAAGACUGAAGACCUUGCAGGAGAAAGUCUGGAAAGCAUUCGGAGAGAGACCCGCUCAGGAGGAGAGGAGGAGGAGAGGAAGAGAGGAGGAUGGUGAUGGAGGGAUGGACGAAGAGGAGGAGGAGACAGCAGAAGGGAUCACUGAAGAGGAAGAGGGGGGAGAAAUCGACGAUCUUUCUCUUUCCUUCAUCCCUCCCUCUCCCCCUUUCUACAGCGUCGCUAAACGAGACCGAAAAGAGAGGGAUCACGAGAAACCAACGGGGGAAGAUAAGAGGAACGUGAACGGAGGAGGGGGGGUGUUUUUGGAGGGGGUUCUGGAGAGGGCGGCAGUGUGGAUGGGGUGUGGGGUGGUGAGGGGGGAGUGGGAGGGUUUUGGGGGUGGAGGAGGGAGUCAGAAGUUUGCCCAAGCUUUGAAACAGGAACUGGGAAGCGCUGUAGCUCGAGUCAUUGAUAGGGUCCUCCGUCUAUACACUCAAAACGAACCUCUCCCUCCCUCCGUCCAUCCCUCCAUCUUGUCGUCCGGAGAGAGAGGGAACGAGGGAGGAGGCAGUGGAGGAGGAGUGUGGGCAACCCUUAGAGAGAGGGAGGAGAGGAGGGGGCGAGUUGGUGCGACACAUGACCAGCAACCCCCCCGGCCAAACGGAGAUCCACCCCCCCACGCCUUCCGAGAACAAUCGGAAGCGCUGCCGUUGGUUACGCGUCGUCCCGACAACCGCCGAACCACACUUCUGCCCCCCAGCAACCACCCUAACAACCGCACUCACAACCCUCUCCUCCCUUCUCACCCCCUCCCCCCUCUCCGUCAACCUCACCCCCACCCCGCCUUCCUCCCCCCUGUCUCUCGUCAUAAGGACUCCUCCCCCUUCCUCCCCCCCUCUUCCUGCCCGCUCCCCCUCCCCCUCCUCCACUACACCAUGCAACAGCUCUUCACUCGUUCUCUCUCUCACCUUCCUCCUCUCCACAAGGGGGACGUUAUGAACUCUGAUGCCUACAUGGAGGGGAACCCUUUCCCCCCCCAGCACACCACCUCCUCCUCCUCUCAUCCCUCCUUCCCUCCUCUCUCCCUCGCUCUAAUGGGCGGGUUGGAUCGGCUGGAUGGAGGGAUGCAGCAUCAUGACAGAGAGAGAGAUGGAGGGAUGAGAGGAGGAGGGGAUGGAGGGAUGAGAGGAGGAGAUGGAGGGAUGAGAGGAGGAGGAGGAGGGGAUGGAGGAAUGGAUUCGGGGAUGUAUCUCGGACCGGGUUCAUCUCAGGAGGGUUUGUCUCCCUGUCAUCUGAAGAAAGCCAAACUGAUGUUCUUCUAUGCUCGAUACCCCAGUUCUAACACACUCAAGACUUACUUCCCUGAUGUCAAGUUCAACCGCUGCGUGACCUCCCAGCUGAUCAAGUGGUUCAGUAACUUCCGGGAGUUCUUCUACAUCCAGAUGGAGCGCUUCGCCAGACAGGCUGCCCGCGACGGUGCACCCUGCCUGGGGAGAGAGAGCAGAGAGCCCCCUCUACGCCUGGGGAGAGACACGGAGCUCUAUCGCAUACUGAACAUGCACUAUAACAAGAGCAAUGACUAUCAGGUUCCUGACAGGUUUGUAGAGAUAGCAGAGUUAGCUCUGAGGGAGUUCUUCACAGCAAUACAGACUGUCUGUCUCUCUCUCUCCGUCUGUCUGUCUCUCUCUAUCUCUGUCUGUCUCUGUCUGUCUCUGUCUGUCUCUCUCCAUCUGUCUGUCUCUGUCUGUCUCUGUCUGUCUUUCUCUCUGUCUCUAGGUUCCUGACAUGUUUGUAGAGAUAGCAGAGUUAGCUCUGAGGGAGUUCUUCACAGCCAUACAGACUAACUGUCUGUCUCUCUCUGUCUCUGUCUGUCUCUAGGUUCCUGACAGGUUUGUAGAGAUAGCAGAGUUAGCUCUGAGGGAGUUCUUCACAGCCAUACAGACAGGACGUGACAGCGACCCCUGCUGGAAGAAAUCUAUUUACAAGAUGAUCUGCAAACUAGAUAGUCCUGUACCGGAUAGUUUUAGACUUCCUGGCUGCCCUAUUGGCUGAGGAGAGAUCACACACACCGCUCUAUUGGCUGAGGAGAGGUCACACACACACCGCCCUAUUGGCUGAGGAGAGAUCACACACACCUCCCUAUUGGCUGAGGAGAGGUCACACACACACACCUCCCUAUUGGCUGAGGAGAGGUCACACACACACCGACCUAUUGGCUGAGGAGAGGUCACACAAACACACCGUGACCUGAUGAACAACAAUGACAUUUUGCCAUUAUUAAACAUAUAGAACAUGUGACCUAUAAUGGAGGGAGCAAGGAAGGUCUAAUGGAAUUACUACACUAUUAUACGAUAUUACUAUACUGUACUACACUAUUAUACGAUAUUACUAUACUGUACUAUACUAUUAUACAAUAUUACUAUACUAUAAUACGAUAUUACUAUACUGUACUAUACUAUUAUACAAUAUUACUAUACUGUACUAUUAAAUGAUAUGACUACACUGUACUAUACUAUUAUGCACUAUUACUAUACUAUAUUACUAUACUAUUAUAUGAUAUUACUAUACCGUACUAUACUAUUAUACUGUACUAUACUAUUAUACAAUAUUACUAUACUGUACUAUAAAAUACUAUUAUACUAUACUGUACCAGACUAUUACACAAUAUUACUAUACUGUACUAUACUAUUAUACAAUAUUACUAUGAUAUAUUACUAUAAUGUACUAUACUAUUAUGAUAUUACUAUACUAUUAUACUAUACUGUUAUACGGUAUUACUAUACUAUUAUACGAUAUUACUAUACUAUUAUACUAUACUGUACUAUUCUAUUAUACUGUAUUACUAUUAUACUAUACUGUACUAUUCUAUUAUACUGUAUUCCUAUUAUACUAUACUGUACUAUUAUACGGUAUUACUAUACUAUUAUACUAUACUGUACUAUUAUACUGUAUUAUACUCGUAUACUGUACUAUACUAUUAUACAAUAUUUGUAUACUAUUAUACUAUAACUGUAGUAAACAAUUAUUAUACUGUAGUUAUACUAUUACUAUACUGUACUAUUACUAUAUUGUACUGUACUAUUACUGUACUAAUACAGUAUUGUACUGUGCUAUUACUGUACUGUACUAUUACUGUACUACACUAUUACUAUAUUGUACUAUUACUGUACUAAUACAGUAUUGUACUGUACUGUUACUAUACUAUUACUGUAUUGUACUGUGCUACUAAUAUAAUAUUACUGUACUAUACUAUUACUGCACUAUACUAUUACUAUACUAUUACUGUGCUAAUACAGUAUUGUACUGUACUAUACUAUUACUAUAUUGUACUGUACUAAUACAGUAUUGUACUGUACUAUACUAUUGCUGUACUACACUAUUACUAUACUACACUAAUACUAUACUAUUACUGUACUACACUAUUACUAUGAUAUUGCCAUACUAUACUACACUAUUACUAUACUGCUACCAUACUGUAAUAUAACUAUACUAUUAGUGCACAAAGUUUUCUCCGUGCACUCAGUUCUGCCCUGAAACUGGUGGAAUUCCUAAUUAGUCCACUACUUUUGACGAGAGGACCCAUAGGCAUUUGGGACACAGGCCUCUGUCUUUCUUGUGGCUCAUAAAUUGUGUGAAAGACUGUUGGUCCACAGCGAUAAAGCUCUGCUAUGUGGCGGCGUAGUCUUCUCUGCUAACGUUUGUUUGAUUACUUGUUUACUAUAUACUGUUGUUUUGUUGUUAAAAACAUUUUUUUUUAAAAAUAUGAUCUUGAUCUUUUGAAGUUCACGUGAACAUGUCAAAUCUGUGAUACGCAUUCCUGUGUUUUUUUUUAACAUAAAAAUGGAAUUACUGGAAUCUAGAAUAGUCAUUAUAUUAAUUGUAUUUCCAUGGUUUAUAAUAUAUGACAAGAUCUGUGCCUCAACUUUUUUGAUGAUUUUUGAUGUUAUGACACACACACACACUCACGCUUUUGAUGUAAUGAUAGACACACACACAGGUUUUUGAUGUUAUGACAAAAUCAGUGUAAUAAAUGAAGGAAGUGGUGAAAACACUGAGAAAUAAAAUGGAGGAUUGAAGAGGGAA